GUUUUCUACAGGAUCAAACUUGCCCUUGCACUCUGAGCCCAGGUCUAUGAUUCCUAUUUGCAGGUACUUCCUGCUGCAAUCCUGUUUGUGCCCUGAGCUUGUUGAGGUUUUUUUUUUUUUAAUUUUUUCUUUUUUGUUUUUGGUUUUUUUUUUUCUUCUUCUCCUAUUUCUUUUGGACAACUUCAUUGUGUGAUCGGACUUCUGAGCUACGCAAAUCCUCAGAGCUUCAAAUCAGGAAAACUAUACUUGGAGACAUGCUCUAUGACUGUGUCUGACUUCCAGAGAGCAGGGAAAGUGAUAGAGUUCUACUCCUGAAAGACUGUUUUCCACAAAAGAUGAACAUUCACCCAGGUGUAAACAACCGAGGGUUUGUGAUAGUCAUGACAGAGGGGACGGAUGUCCUAGCUGACUCAAAAAAAGUUGUCAGAAAGUGCAGACCUAUGUGCAGCAAGGGAAGACCCCAGGGAGAUGCCUAUGACAAAGGAGAUAUGGGAAAUCCUUGGAGAGGUUGAGGGAGCCCUUGAAAUUUGCACAUCACACCUAUAAUAGGAAUCCUCAGAGUUUUAUUUUGAAAAACCUAGACUGUGCUCAAGCUCCCUGUGCAGCCAGGGGCAGCCUUGACCUUUUCACCCUUCAUCUUCUCAGUGUUCAGAUUACAGGUCUAUCUCUCCAUGCCCUAUUUGGGGGUCUGGAGAUUGAGCCCAGGGUUUCACGAAUGCCAGAUGAGCACUCCCUCCUCCAGCAGAGUGACCCCAGCCCACCUGGUUCUUGGCCUUGUAAUUUAUAGGGAUUUGCCUGUGAGAGGCAGGCUGGUAGGAGCAACAGAUGUCCUACUACAGGAGAAAGCCUGUGAUUUAUAUAUUUGCAGUAUCUCCCAUGAACGAUUAUGGGGGAAAUCUAGCAUUCUCUGUCAAUAGCCAUUACACCCUUGCCAGAAGACAUUAUCAUCAGGGUGUCCUUCUUAGGACAAUGGUACCACAACGAACUCCCUGACUUUAGGAGGCUCUGCCAGUGGGGAUUAUGGACCUGCUCUAAGGGUGGAUGUAGCCUCAAACACACAGUUAAUGAGCCUGCCCCAACCUGAGAGGAACAGAAAGCCUGCCAGUCCUAUGAAAGACCUGAUAUUGUGCAGAAGAAACCACGCCUCAAUGCAGAGUGCCCUUUCUCUGUGGCUCACUCUCCGGCCUUAUUCCGUGUAUUUGCAUUUUGCAAUUCUUUGUAGGUCAUGGGCUACUGGUAGGCUGAUAGAUUUCCAAACAAUGUCCUGCCUGUUAUAAUUAAUCUCCUUCCUGCUUCCAUUGAGAAGAAACUUUGUAUCCAUGUGAACUUCAUCUCACCUUCUGGAGGGCUUGUAUUCCAGCCAGUUGCAGCAUCUCCCCCUUUCUCUCCUGUCACCCCAGGUGUGAACUUACUGUGAACUACGGCUAUGGCAGAGUACGGAAUGUUCUUCCCACAGGUGGACUUCUAGAAAGAAUUGCAUAAAGUAUUCUAAGCAAAUGUACCCCCAAAGCAAGGACAUGAAGGGACGUCCUGGCAUGUCCACGUUAUGUUUGUAGGAAAGGAAAAGAAAGGCCUGGGAGGAAUAUUCUAGGCUCUUUUUGCAUGACUAAAGGUGGUAAGAUAUAGCACCAGAGGCCUUUCCUUGUCCUUUAUUUGCUUAAGCUAACCAUAAAUGUCACCUCAUGUUUUGUUUGCUUUAGUAAUCUUGAGCGGGCGCUUUGUACUCCUUUGAGCUUGGAGACCUGAAGUCCCAUGAUUUGUUCCCACUCAGAUCAUUUGAUCCUGGAGACUUAGCCUCAGGGGCCACAGGGCCCAUGGAUCAUUUUUAGUCUGUAUAGGAGUGAGGUCUUUGCUUUAUCCUGAAGCUCGCCUUCUAGAAAAUGUAUCAUGGGGAAAAGCAAAAAUCCUGGAGGCAGACCCAGAAAACACGGGCUGCCAAGGGUCAAGCAUGUAUUCUUGAUUCUUAGCCUGAACCCCCACAGGCCUGUCCGUGGGUAGAAACUGCUUGCCCUGUCCAGAGUACACUUGGCUCCUGCUUCUUAGACUGGGCUCAGCGGUUGAGACCAUGUGAAAGAGCUGGGCAGGACUCCAGCCUUCCACAUGUGGCGUUCUUGGGCCUAUGUUGGCUCUACCCCAUUCUGUGGGAGAAAAACCUUGGCUCUCCUGGAUGUAAAAAUUCCUUUUGUAAUUGGAGCUCGAGUCGGAAAAGCCUGUUGCCAGCACCUUCGAAGGGACUAGAUUCCUUUGGGUCUUCCCAGCAGAGUCCAGCCUGACGUCAAGACCCCAAUGGCUAACGAAGCUAACCCUUGCCCAUGUGACAUUGGUCACAGGCUAGACUAUGGUGGCAUGGGCCAGGAAGUUCAGGUUGAGCACAUCAAGGCAUAUGUCACCCGGUCCCCUGUGGAUGCAGGCAAAGCUGUGAUUGUUGUCCAGGAUAUAUUUGGCUGGCAGCUGUCCAACACCAGGUAUAUGGCUGACAUGAUUGCUGGAAAUGGAUACACAACUAUUGUCCCAGACUUCUUUGUGGGUCAAGAGCCAUGGGACCCGGCUGGUGAUUGGUCCACCUUCCCUGAGUGGUUGAAAUCAAGAAAUGCCAGAAAAAUCAACCGAGAGGUUGAUGCUGUCUUGAGGUAUCUGAAACAACAGUGUCAUGCCCAGAAGAUUGGCAUUGUGGGCUUCUGCUGGGGGGGUAUUGUGGUGCACCACGUGAUGACGACAUAUCCAGAAGUCAGAGCGGGGGUGUCUGUCUAUGGUAUCAUCAGAGAUUCUGAAGAUGUUUAUAAUUUGAAGAACCCAACGUUGUUUAUCUUUGCAGAAAAUGAUGCUGUGAUUCCACUUGAGCAGGUUUCUAUACUGAUCCAGAAGCUUAAAGAACACUGCAUAGUUAAUUACCAAGUUAAGACAUUUUCUGGGCAAACUCAUGGCUUUGUGCAUCGGAAGAGAGAAGACUGCUCCCCUGCAGACAAACCCUACAUUGAGGAAGCGAGGAGGAAUCUCAUCGAAUGGCUGAACAAGUAUAUUUAACAGCACUCAAGCACAAAUUUUGAAUAAUUAAAUUGACCCGAAUAAUUAACCAUCUCCUAAAAUUCUCCUGAAACAUACAGUAGGAACUAAAUGAUCAAUAUCUGUAAGACUUAAAUGAUAGCAUAACUAAUUAUUAGGGGAACCUGGGGCCAUUCAGGGACCAGCUAGAUUCUCAGAUAUGGCCUUACCUUGGUAAUUUGUUAACAUGUACAAACCCAGGAAGAUCUUGAGUUGUCUCUAUGUGUAUUCAAUCUCCCCUAGUGAAGUUCAAUUCUGCACUUCAGUGUAAGCAGUGUUGACAUUCAGUUCUCACCACUCUAACUAUUCAACCUAAUAAAGUGAUUUUUAAAACUUG